AUGGGAUCAUUCACCGGACAUGUACUUCCAGGGAUGCUCUUGUUUCUACUCGGAAGUUGGUGGGUCUUCGGCACAUGGCGCGCCUACAUUCUUAGCAGACUAAGGCGUCGCAACUACUGGUGCACUGCGUCCUUCGCCCUUCCGAAGCUCCCAAAAAAGCUCUGCUUCGAAGGACUCGGCAAGGUAUUUUGCGCAUCUGUCGGUAUAGCCGCUGAGACAGUCGCAGCCUUCAAGCAUGGUGAGUUCACAAAUGUGGGCUCCCAUACCCAGCAUAUAUCGAUGUACAUCUUCUACGGUCUCAGCGGCUUGGCAGACGUUCUGACCACUUACAGGGCUCCAAUACCGCGUGGCACCGACUACAGUAUUCUUCUGAUGACCAUCUGCGUGGAAGGACUUCUGUUUCACUUUAAACUUCACGACAAGGCUCACCUGGACGCGCGUCUAAUCGAGCUUCUGGUCUACACCAUCGUGGCAGAAGCGGCGUGCAUCGCGGCGGAGAUGGUCCGACGACGAAGCACCCUAGCCGCUUUGGGAAGGGCGUUCUUUGGAGUCGUGCAUGCAACGUGGCUGAUCCAAAUCGGAUUCGUCCUCUACAAUCCGCUGCCGAACGCGAAAAAGUGGGAAGAGAAUCAUCAGAACAUGAUGUUGGUGACUGCCGUCUACACCUGGCACAUGAUUGGUGUCCUGAAGUAUGUCGGACUGAUGGGUGUCGUUUCGUGGCUUUGGUGCUCCAGGUGCGAGAUGGCUGACAAGAAUGAAGAUGGGGACGAUGUAGAAGUGGGACCAACAUACUGA